AUGCUGCUUACACCGAGGACAUACGACUUAGCCAAAACACCAGACAAAGGCUGUGGAAAGACGCAACCGGGCUUCCUGUCGCUCUCUUCCUCUUGGGAUGAGAAAGCCGUAGCUCAGCGGCACUUCCGGAAGAUGCUGCUCGUACACCAAACAGGGACGGUCAAGGUGGGAGAAUACACGCUCACAUACACACCUGCCUCGGACCGCAUCCUCCCGUCUCCAGCUCACCUCCAUGUCCGUAUCAGGAAUACCUCAGCGAUUGCGCUCCGAGCCGCCUACCUUCACGGCCCCUACACCCUUCACGUAGCAGCGUAUCCCUCCACCUUCAACCCGAACCUAAAGGUCGAGAAUACACGCCGCGAUGGUGCUCCGGAAUUCGAGCCCAAUCUGAAAGCCGGGGGCGCCUGGACCGCCCAGCUCACUGUACCGGAAGACAUUCGCGAAACAGGCGGAAGGGCGAACCUCAAGCGGACAGCGGAUGGCGAGUUCAAGAGCGUGACCUGGAUCAUCGAAAUCACGUCGCAAAUCAUCUUCUCGAACUCCGCGUCCGUCAACUUUGAGCUGCUGGUUAGCAGAGACGAACGGUCGCUGGACCUGGGGCUCGCAGCUGUGCCCAGACAAGGGCGGAAUGAGUCAGGACAGGUGCAUGAUCAUCAGCAGGGCAAGCACGGGCAUACGGGUCAUCCAGCACAGCCAAAGGGUGUUUACUCGAAAGCCGUGAAGUUGGUAGUCGACGAUACCACAAGUCUAUGGGACAAACCGGCAUUACCAGAGUGGGAUGAGGAGCACACCAGAAAUUCAGAAGAUGAUCAUCGCCGCCAUUUCCAUGAACGCAGAGGUAGUCACCAUCACGUACGUCGGACAACAAAGAAGCAGAGGAAUAUACACCUCGUCGUCUUGACCCAUGGCUUGCACAGCAACCUCGGCGCAGACAUGUUGUAUAUGAAGGAGAGCAUAGACGCCACAGCUAGACAGGCGCGUGAUAGCGCAAGACGGAGGAGACACGCGGCCGGGGAAGCCACAAGCCAGGAUACCGGACUGAAUCUGGAUGGCCAGGCCCAGUCGGCUCAGCCUGACGCUGAGAAAGACACGUCCACAGCACCGUUGUCCGGUGGCCAAGAAGACAUCAAGCAAGACGAUGACGACGACAGUGGUGACGAGGAGGAAGUUGUCGUUCGCGGCUUCAAUGGAAACGCAAUACGCACAGAACGAGGAAUCCAAUACCUCGGCAAGCGGCUGGCAAGGUUCGUCUUGGAGAUGACCUAUCCCGACCAGCCAUUCCUCCCAACGAAGAAGACUGUGGCCCAGAAGAUAUCCAACACGCUCUCUACAUCCAAGGACAAAGAUUCAGGGAUGCCGCAGCCUACGAAAAGCUCAGGGCGGCGUGUGCCGCCUCCUAGUGGAGAGCAACUGCCAUAUAAGUUUACCAGCAUCAGCUUCAUCGGACACUCGCUCGGUGGCUUGGUACAGACGUACGCUAUUGCUUACAUACACAAACACUCGCCGCAGUUCUUCGAAAACAUUCGGCCCGUCAACUUCAUUUGCAUGGCCUCACCACUGUUGGGUUUGAGCAAUGAGAACCCGAUGUACGUCAAAUUCGCGCUGGACUUUGGCCUCGUUGGUCGUACCGGUCAAGACCUUGGGUUAAGCUGGCGACCUCCUACGCUCGUUAAGAGUGGUUGGGCUGCCGUUAUGGGCGGUUUAGGUGCCGGGAACAAGGAUCAGGACGAGGAUGAUCCGGGCAAAAAGCCGUUGCUGCGGAUCCUCCCAACUGGUCCAGCACACCACGUCCUGCGCCUGUUUCGCAACCGGACCACAUAUUCUAAUGUUGUUAAUGACGGCAUUGUUCCACUGCGCACAAGCUGUCUGCUCUUCCUUGACUGGCGAGGUCUUGGCAAGGUGGAGAAAGCUAGAAGAGAGAACGGAUUGAUAGGCACAGUUGCUACCUGGGGUUGGUCGGAGCUUACUGGGCAAUAUCCAUCACCCUUUCCAUCUCGAGGCGACGUCAAUAGCCUGGAGAGCCCAAGCAGUGUCAGCCAAGAAUCGCCUCCGAAAGACCAAGACGAAGUCCCUCAACCUUCAGAUCAGGCUGUUAACCAGGAUGAUGAGUCUCAGGCAGCGACGGCAAAAAACGAGCCUCAGGCGCAUCAAUUCUUACAGAAUCAAAAGCGUGCGGCCAGUGGCCACGAGGAUGCCCCAGUCAAGGAGAAAACCUCGGGUGGUCUAAUGCCGCCUGCGCUGACCCUCGACGGGAUAUUAAACUUCUUCCGACCGAGCACAAACUCCACGAAGAAUGACAAGAGGAUGUACCAGCGCAGCCAGACUAUCCAAGCGCAACAAGCAGCUGAAGCAGGCAGAGACAACACAUCCGAGAACGCUGGCGAGGAACGAUCAUCCAAACGCCCCCCAGCCACGCGCGGUGACUCAAUAGUCGAAGAUCCUGCAAACCCCUUCUCGCCACCAAAGACCACCAUCUUCGAAUCAGCGGGCGAUCUCCUCAACCCUCCUGUUCCCCCUAGGUCAUGGAUCAUUGAUCCUUCUACCCGCGCCCGCACCAUAUUUCACGACCGCGUCUACCAUCCCGAAGACAUUCCACCGCCGCCGAUGAAACGUCCUACUCGUCUCGGCCGCUCCUUCUCCAGCGAUCACAGCGGCAACUCUACCCACUCGAAUGCUUCUGCAGGCUCCAUAGACUCCUCCGGCAUGCGUGUCGAGGAGAAGAUAGCGCGCGCCUACCACAAAGACCUCUCCUGGCGUAAGGUCCUUGUACGCCUCGAACCCGACGCACACAACAACAUCGUCGUGCGCCGCAUGUUUGCCAAUGCAUACGGCUGGCCGGUAAUCAAACAUCUCUGCGACACCCAUUUCGCGGACACGCACGCAGCGAACACGCGCGAUGAGGACGAGCCGUCCAAAGACCGCGCGAAAGGCAUGAGCGGCGCCGUCAGCGAGCACGGUGAAGAAGUACUCGGCCAGAGGGAGCGCAAGCCGCCGCGGCGCAGUGCGAGCGAGAUGAGGGAGGCGACGGACGAGCUUGCGCCGCUGAGGGAGAUCCCGGGUUCAGGCGAGGACGCAGCACAUGCACAGGUCUUGAAGUUGAAGCACAAGGACACCAGCAUGUGGGAUGACUCCUACUUCGAAGGGACUACAGACGAGGAGGACGAGGACGGGUAUCUGCAUGAAGGUCCCAUGGGCAACUUCCUUCGCCCCGGUCAGAAGAAUAAGAGGAAAGGGGAUGAGCUGCCUGGCCCGUCAACGGCGUCGCAGAAGCCGAAGAAGGGGACUGAGGAAACGGAGAUCGCGGACUUCUUGAAUGCGUCCCCGAGGCCUCUUGACGGACACAGAGGACUAGGCCCGUCAUUAAUUGACGCCGAGGAGGCGACAGCGAGCGAGCCCGACUCGGCACAGUUACUGCCGGGAAAAGAGCCUGUGGCCAGUCCGCCGCCCAUGGAGGGUUCACCGCUUGGUGGGGCCAGUACUGUGGAGCUGGGUUUGAGGAAGUCGGUUGAGGAGCGUCUUGCAUCGCCCACUGGGUCCAUGAAUGACAAGAGGAAGCGGAGCGGGAGUGGUAGUGUGAGUGAGCAGGUUGCAAGACUGAGUUUGGGCCAUAGUCCUUGA